AUGUGGAGGAAAGCGUGGGGCAUGGAUGACUACUUCAUGCUCGUCGGAACUAUUCUCUUUUCAGUAACAGCUGCUCUUUGCAUCGUCUGUUGUCACUAUGGCUCUGGACAGUUCGCACGAGAGCUGCCCACGGUGACGAUAUCCAAAGGAACAAAGCUCUUUUACAUCGCAGAGUACUUCUACGCAGUCAGCGCCAUGUUCGUCAAGAUCAGUGUUGCAGUAGCGCUUCUGCGCAUCGCUGUUGGUCGUCGCUUCUUCACGUGGGCUUUAUGGGCGCUGAUCGGUGCUACCAUGGUUGCCGCUCUAGUUCUGUUCUACUCGGCCAUCGAGAUCACUGCGGACUUUAGUCUCUCGAUCAUGCCGGCUAUUCUGCUUUGGAAUGUCCAGAUGAAGGGAGCUGUGAAAGCUUCAGUUGCUGUCAUGCUUGCGCUCGCUUCUUUUGCCUCAUGUGCUACCAUCGUCCGCCUCAAGUACCUCACACUCUACAGUGACCCUGGCGAGUUCAUGUACAGUACGGGCAAAAUCGGCUUCUGGUCCUUGACCGAAGUCGGCAUUGGCCUCAUCGCCGGUUCGCUACCUCCUCUUCGCCCUCUCCUAUCCCUGCGCAUUAGGGUAUCCGCCGGCUCCAAUACUCCUGCUGCAUCUGGCGGACAAGCAUACCAAUCUGGAAUAAACAAUCGGCAGCCCACCUCGCGCUCCCGCGUGAUAGCCAUGGACACGUUCCAGACCUUGGGCGACAACGACGAGGCCGAUAAUAGUGAUGGAGACUCUCAAAAGAAUAUCAUAAAGGAGACGAAGUUCACAGUAACUUCGGUCAUUGCUGGAGGUCCUCGAGACCCGGGGCCUAUGGCUUGGGAUCGUAAGGAGGGAAGCAACGUCUGA